AUGGCUACCUUUUCAGACAAGAUCCACAACCCUGAUAAGAGACAAAAGCCCCACCUGAAGAACAACCCAGAGAUUACCGCUGUACCCGAUUCAUCUCUAAUUAAAGACAUUACCAAUAUCAUUCGCCGUGAUGGAGAGGCAUUAUCAUCAAGAAUUUCAUCACGCCUGAGGAAGCCGGCCCUUACUACCAGAAGCGGGUUUGCUGGAAAGUCUCCCACAUUCGCCCAGAAAGGCAUUAAUUAUCUUGCUUACCAUGAGGCGGCAAAGCUAUUACUCAAAGAAGAGUCAUGGCUUCAGCUCCCUUUGGACGAUGCAGCUAUUUCCCGAGUCUGCUCAUGGCACUAA